AUGGAAAGGAUGCGUGUGCCAGGACCGAAUACAUUUAUGUCUUCGAGCUACAAUAUGCCACCUCCUAGGUAUAAUGCCUCUUGUGGCUCUGUAAGUAUGAGAGCAAAUCGACCAGGGAUAUUUCCUGGAAGGUCACCAUUUUCACCCUUCCGCGGGGGACCGCCUUUCGGAGGAGCUCCAGUUAGAGGGGUGCUCCGAACACCGCCACCGCUGAUGCAUUCGUCAGCGAUGGGAAGAGGACCGCGAAAUCUUUAUGCACCGCGACAUUUUCCACCCCCUUUGUUAGCCAAUAAUUCCGAUGGUUACAAAAGUAGGCAGGAGAAUCGAUGGCGGAGUAGUGAGCUAAGAGAUGGGCAUAUUGAUAAUUCUAGGCACGAUGAAUGGGAUAAUAAUGCUAUGGUACCAUCUAGCAGUCAUGAGGAAUGUGCACAACUUGAAUCAACCAAAAUUGCCGCAACAAAUAAUCCGGUCGAAUAUUUAGAGUUGCUUAUCAGUUUAAAUUUAGAAAAACAUAUAACAAAAAGAACUGAGAUGGAUGACUCGAAUAAUGAACCCGUAACAUCGACUACUCAUGACGAUGAAAACGCUGCAGUAAGUGGCACUGUAGAGACUUUAGCACCCGAGAUAAAAUUGCUCGGCGAUGCAACUGUUGUGGCAAAUAAUGAUGAUUUGAAGGCUGUAACAAUGAACGAGGACAGAAUGCUGGAGCAAGCAAUUGUUUAUGGUGAUGAUGAAGAAUAA